AUGUUACGUUUUUUCUUCGUUUGUUUCUUAUUUUUGUCUUUUCAAAUUUUCUUUCUUUCUUUCUUUCUUUCUUUCUUUUUUUCUUUCUUUCCACUUCGUAUUAUUUCCUCCUCCCUUUAUUUUUAUGUCCUUUUUCAUUCCUUCCUACUUUUAUAUUUCUUUCUUGUUUUCGUCUUCCUUCUUAUGUUUUGUCUUUUUUUAAUUUUAUUUCCUUUUGUUUUAAAUAUUCCUUCGUUUUAUUUUCUUCCCAUUUUUCAUUUUAUAUUUCUUUCUUUUUUUCUUUUAUCUUUCUGUUUGUUUUCGUUUUGUGUGUUAUUUUUCGUCUUUUUAAAUUGUAUUUCUUUUUCUCUUUUUAUAUUCUUUCUUUUAUAUUUUUCCUCUUUCUUUCGUUUUUUUAUUGUUUUAUUCUUUUCUUCUUUCUUUCUUUCUUUCUUUCUUUCUUUUCCUUUUCUAUUCCUUUCAUUUACAUUUAGAUUCUUUGGAUUUUCUUUUUCGUCUUUCUGUUUUUUUCUUUUCCCUUUUUACCUUGUUUUCUUUCUUUCUUUCUUUCUUUCUUUCUUUCUUUCUUUCUUUCUUUCUACUAUGAUUUUACACGAUUUUGUUUCUUCUUCCCCCACCUCUAUCCUGUUUUCUUUCCUUUCUUAUUUUUUGAUUUCUAUAUUUUCAUUUUCUUUCUUUCUUUCUUUCUUUCUUUACCUCUAA